AUGGGUUCUUCUAUCAAGCAAGAAUCUUCUAUCAAGCAAGACCCGGCUCAAUCAGCUGCACCAGCUGGCAAAUUCUUCGACUGGCAGAGAACCUCCAGGCUCACAUUUAGCAGAGAAAUGGUCACAAUGACUGUUGGCGUAGACAAAGAUGCACAAGAAUUCCUAGUCCACGAGGAAUUGAUCACUCAUCUUCAAGCCCGUCUGUUCAUUGAUGUUCGUAUGUCGAGAGUGGGAGAUGGCCCGCUCAAGGGUUACUUUGGUGUAUACCAACAAUUGCAACCCGAGGUUUUCAUUGGCCUAUUGCACUUCGCCUAUCAUGGAAAGCUUUUCCGUGAGACUUCUCUAGACACCCUGUGGCACUUGUACAUCUAUGCCGAAAAUUAUCGUCUUGUCGAUUUCCAGGACAUCCUCAUGAACCGCAUUGUCAGUACCUACAAGAACAGCAGGCCUUCAAUUUUUCCAAAUUCUCGGCAUAUGCAACUGGGAUAUAAUAGGACGGGAGAGAAUUCUGCUGCUAGGAGAUUUUUAACCAAGUGCUACGCCCACCUUUUGAAUCGCAAUACAAAGUCCCCUGCACGUCCUGUUUGCUACAACGAGAUUUUGGCGGAUGCGGCUAAGAAUGCCGAUGGUCUUCUGCUUGAUACUUUAAAUCUUAUGAAGUGGAAGGGAACAACCUAUAAUGCCGAAUGGGACCCUAGAGAUGCUUCCCCAUGCCUCUAUCAUCACCACGCUUUGGGAACAAAAUGUCCUAAUUUCCAGGAAAGCGCAUGA